AUGAGUGUCCCAAUAGCGACUUUACCGCCCUCAACCUCUUCGCCCGGCUCUACCUUGACACGUCAAACUGACGAUACUCAAUCUUUGAGUCAAGCCUGUCAAGUAGAUGCAUUCAACAAUAUCGAUGAAAACUCUACGAUUGGCUCCGUGGUGGACAUACCACAGUCCUUUGAUACUCUACAAGCAGACCCUGGCGAUGCCGUCUUCAGCAAUGAUUUCGCCAUCUCACCUUCUUACAUGGCUCUAAUGCAACCUAAUUUUCGGACUGGUGGAUUUGACUGGCUCGGCUCCAAUGUUGACGACGGCCUACAACCUGCCCAAUUGGCGGCUUUGGAAGGUCUCUACGUCCAAGAACCAUGGCCUUCGAAUAUGGAGCAACGGGGUCCCGAGACGGUAGCUACCAAUGGGUGCUCUCUCGACGGAGGGCCACAGCAAAUACCAGAAACUACAGAAUCGACGUGGACGCGCGAAGCUGAAGGCAGAAGAUCGUCUGAUGAAGCGAGAAGAUUGUCAAAUCCCCACCACGCCAGCCUUGCAUGGCCAUUCGACCAAGGCAAUGACUCCGUCCCACAUCAGUAUCGGCUGCCUCCUCUGCGUGAACUUUUGAACAGUCGCUCGCGAACUGGUCGGUCACAACUUGUGGACGGCUUUAUCCAGAUCUUGUCCGAGACUCCCAUGCCACAGCUUGCAAGCAUACGGGGCAGUCAUUCGGUUCAAGCUUUCUGCCAUCUACAACGGCUUGCUGAGUCUUACUUCACACGGUUCCACGAUGUACAGUCGAUUCUUCAUAAACCCACAUGGACGAUGUCAUCUUGUCCGCCAGCUAUGUUGACUGCCAUGGCUUGCAUUGGUGCUUUGCUAUCGGAUAGCCCGAGCGAUAUUGACCUCUCAUUUGUUUUGAGCGACCUGUGUUCUACUAUAAUCACGUGGAUGGGUGCAUCUGACAAUAUGAGCUACAACGACGUCGCAUACCUUAAUGCCCUUUGCCUCCAUCAGAUUUACUCUUUGGGUUCGGGUAACAGACAACUCUACCAAAACGCAGACAGGUCCCGCGGCAUACUUAUAGGCGGCCUACGGGGCAUUGGUCUGUUGAAACCUCGUAACGCCGUCAGCUCAGACGAGAGACAGGAAGGCGUUCUCAGCCCGGAGAAUGGACACGAUCUGAAUCAUGAGUGGAGAAGCUGGAUAGUCAGAGAAUCGGGUCGUAGAGCAGCCUGGGCAGCGUUCGAAUAUGACUGCAGUCUCUGCACUCUCACAAGUCGCCGAUGUGUCGUUGAUCUGAAUGAGCUGCCUUCUCUUCUCCCGUGUCCCGAGUCAAUAUGGAACGCGACCUCGGCGCAGGCCUGGUAUGCCCUUGUAUCACGCCUCGGAAGUGAUAGCUCGGGCCCCAAUCUGUCAGUGGUCAUCAAGCUCACGCUAGCCGGAAGAGAAGCACCAUCAUAUCUUGGGUCAUGGGCAAAGAGGCUCUGUGCUCAGGUUAUGGGGCGCAUGCUGUGGGACCUCUGGCAACUGGAAGUUGUCGCUAUGCCCGAGUUUCUCGGUUUAAGUUCAUUCAUAAGCGCACACCGAGAAACAAAGAGGUCCCUUCUGAAGGGACUGAACACGCUAGUUGAAUCCUUGCGGGCACCGUCCACAACUGGUGAUCUGAUCAGCUACAAUAUUGCCAGCCUUCUUUGUCACUACUCGCACCUGUGUGCCGCAAACGGCAUUCUUGACAUGAUAGUCUACAUCGUGCGCAAUCUCAUCACGUCCACACCGCAACAACAUGACGGAAUCCAGGUCGCUCGUGAGCGUCUCAAGUCAACAUUUGCCAGAGAUCCCAAGACAGCAAGAAGGCUAUGUUGGCAUGCAACCCAGAUCGUUGCGAUCGCAAAUGACUAUCUAGUCUCUGCACCAUGCGAGAUCAUGCGGGUCUUUAUGGGCUACAUUUUCAUCAUUGCUUACUCUACGUACGGUCCUCAUGGAACAUUAGCGCUCAGUGAGAGUAAUCACAUUGUCCGCCUUGAUCUCCAUGACCAUAACAUAUCCCAGAGGCGAGUUGUAGUGAAAUGGAUUGAAGCAGGAGGGCCAGCGAGCUGUGGAUCAGUCCAGGAUAUCGGCACUCCCGGCUCCACUCCUGCUAUUAGCAACGAUGCCCAAAGGAUGCUGCAGAAGUUGAACUGCUGGGGACUAGCUACGAAGUUUGUUAGAAUCUUCCAAGUGUUGGAAUCAAAAGGUUUCUAA